CAAGCAAAAGUGUUGAAACGAAACAAGUGAAGAGCAGCAACCAAAAUCGCUGCUAAAAUUAUAUAGCCGCCAGAAAAACGCUCGCCCAAGCCCAAAGAGUGACUCUACUGCAUUUUGCGUGAACGGAGAGAUCUUCUAUCAUCAGGACGCCUCUGUCUAACAAACCGCCACCUCCCCUUUUGUGGUGUGGCGGUGCUUGGGUAAUACAUGUACUUGAAGUGUUAGACCAGCAGGUGCUAGAAGAUAUAUCUUUAAAUGCCUGGCGUGUCACCGUCAUUUAAAAUUGCAAAUCUAAACCAAACUCUACUCAGCCUCCUUGAUGGAUGCAAAUCAAUGCUUGAACUGAAGCAACUUCAUGCUAUUUUGAUCACUUCCGGCUUGUCUCAAGAUGAGCCAUUUAUAUCCAAAGUUCUUUGUUUUUCUGCUCUGUCCAAUUCAGGCGACAUUGAUUAUUCAUACAGGGCUUUCUCCCAGCUUUCCAGUCCAAGAAUUUUUAUCUGGAAUACAAUCAUAAGAGGCUAUUCAAAUAGCAAAAAUCCAAUUCAAUCACUAUCUAUUUUUCUAAAGAUGCUGCGACAUGGGCUUGCACCCGAUUACUUAACAUAUCCAUUUCUUGCGAAAGCAUCAGCACGCCUCUUAAAUCAGGAAACCGGUGUAUCUGUGCAUGCCCACAUAAUAAAAACUGGGCAUGAGUAUGAUAGAUUUAUCCAGAAUUCGUUGAUUCACAUGUAUGCUUCUUGUGGGAAUAUUGUCUGGGCUCAUAAGGUAUUUGACAGUGUGCAGGAAAAAAAUCUGGUUUCAUGGAAUUCCAUGUUGGAUGGCUAUGCUAAGUGUGGAGAAAUGGUUUUGGCUCAUAAAGUUUUUGAGUCCAUGUCAGAGAGGGAUGUUCGGUCAUGGAGUUCUCUGAUUGAUGGUUAUGUUAAGGCUGGUGAAUACAGGGAAGCUAUGGCUGUCUUUGAAAAGAUGCGUGCUGUUGGGCCCAAGGCCAAUGAAGUAACCAUGGUGAGUGUCUUGUGUGCCUGUGCACACCUGGGUGCUCUAGAGAAGGGGAAAAUGAUGCACAAGUACAUAGUUGACAAUGGCUUACCACUGACACUGGUCCUGCAGACUUCACUUGUGGACAUGUAUGCCAAAUGUGGGGCAAUAGAGGAGGCUUUACUUGUAUUCCAUGGUGUCUCAAAGAGAAAAACUGAUGUGUUGAUUUGGAAUGCAAUGAUUGGAGGUCUCGCAACACAUGGAUCAGUCGAAGAGUCUCUUGGAUUGUUUAAGGAUAUGCAAGCGGUUGGUAUCAAAGCCGAUGAGGUUACAUACUUGUGCUUGUUGGCUGCCUGUGCCCAUGGAGGGUUAGUUAAAGAAGCAUGGCACUUCUUUGAAAGCCUUGAUAAAUGUGGCAUGACACCUUCAAGUGAGCACUAUGCCUGCAUGGUAGAUGUGCUAGCGCGUGCCGGUCAAUUAGCUACUGCAUACCAAUUUAUAUGUCAAAUGCCAAUGGAACCAACAGCUUCCAUGUUAGGUGCUCUUCUUAGUGGAUGUAUUAACCAUAGAAAUUUUGAGCUGGCUGAAAUAGUUGGAAGGAAGCUUAUUGAGCUAGAACCAGAUCAUGAUGGAAGGUAUAUUGGCUUGUCAAAUGUUUAUGCAGGUGUUAAACGCUGGGAUGAUGCAAGAGGCAUGAGAGAAGCCAUGGAGCGAAGAGGGGUGAAAAAAUCACCUGGGUUUAGUUCUGUUGAAAUAUGUGGAGUCUCUCGUAGAUUCAUUGCUCAUGAUAAAACACACUCUGAUUCAGAAGAAACUUAUUCUAUGCUAAACUUUGUUGCCUAUCAAAUGAAACUUGGCUGUCGCCAGGACAAUGAGGAAAGCUCAUUGAAUAAUGAUUCGUUAAUAGAAGAUUUGCUUCUUGUUUGAGUAGAUGGCAUAAAAGUUUUUAGCAAUUAAAGUUGGUCAAAAACAUAUGAAACAUUUAUUUGAUUAUUACUUUUAUAUGAAUUAAUUACUCUUGCAAUACAGAGUACAGUACAUCAGUUAUACA